AAAAAUGGGAACUAGAGGACUUACUCUUUGCCUUACGCUGAGUCUGGUUUUGGCCAGUGUGUGCUGCAUAAAGGACCUUGAAAGCUUAAAUGAUCUAAUGGACAAAAUAAAACAAACUGCUGAAGGUUUUCCGAGAAUAGAAGGCAUCAUGCUUCUGUGCACAAUCUACAGAAACAGUAAAAUUGAUCAAAAUGGGAGACUACGCCUCAAUGCAGAUCCAACUGAUCUUACAUGUCAUCCAUAUGAAAACUAUGAGGGUACCUUUCCUGACCUGAAAAACACAAAUUUUGGGUAUUAUUCUUUUGGCAAUUUAAGAGAUGCAAAAAACAUUUUGCCUCCUUGUUUUUAUAAAAGAAUCACAAAGCAAAGAAAUAAUCCCCAAAACAACAUUGAUCGAAUCGUGAUUCGAGUUAAGAAGAACAUCAGAACUCUAGUGGAUGAAGUGUAUAUUACCCAGCACGCUGUGGACAGAAACCUGGGCAGUAAUUAUGUUCAACAGCUUACAUACAGGAUCAGCGAAAAGCUGUUCAACGAAAUCAAAGAGUUAUGUCUUAAUAUAGAGGAUGAAUACUGUCAAGAAGAAGAGGAUGAAGAUAAAGACAAGGAUAAGGAUAGAGAUAAAAUAAAAACACGAUCACAAUCUCGAAUUCACGAAUCUGCCUCGAAUUCUCAAACCAGUUCCAAACAUUCAACGUCUGCCAACGUCAACAACGCCGACAACAACGCCAACAAACAUGCAAAUUUGAAUUCUCAAGCCAAGUCAGCCAACAUAAAACUCAAGCUGAGAUCCACAUGGAGUGGCAAGGUGAGGAUCGUGUGGGAUGGGAUCCCAGAUGAAAUGCUACGAAAUAAGAUAAAAAUCUGUGUUUACAAAAGCAAAGAUGAAGAAAUCCCCUUGGUGGAGUACGCAAUAGAUGGAAGGGCGCAUGGAGAAAUAGACACUGACUUGGAUCUUAAUCCUGGUCUUCAGCUGCGUCUCCUGAAACCCAUCACUGUUUAUGAAACUGUUUAUGAAAGCCCAGAGUUUGACGGCAGUAAAAGCGAGAUACAUCAUUCAGCACCGUCCUCAUUCUUUACUUUCAUCUCACUCGUCCUCUGGCCUUUCAGGAGUUUAUUCUCACUGGUUUUCUUUAUACUCAGUAAUCUAUUCUCACUGGUUUACUCAAUAUUUAGCAUUAUCCUUUCAUUAAUCUACUUUAUAGUCACUACUCCGUUCUCACUGGUUUACAUCGGUUUUAGAGAAUUAUUCUCACUCGUCUAUCGUAUUUUAAGUUUUUUAAACUCUUCGGUUGACUCUGUCAUCGGCAGUUUGCUUUCACUGGUUUAUGUUAUAGUGAGCAGUGUGUUCCCACCGCUCCACAUUGUUUGUCAUGAAUUUGUCCUAAUUAGUGCUUUAUGUCAGUUAAUCUCUGUGGUCCUUCCUGUUGUCUUGAAACUUUGCGUGGUGUUCAUAUGUAUCGUGUUAAUUGGAGCAGCGAGAAAGAUGUUUGUUGAAGUGACUCAGAACAGGACGAGGGCAGCACCUCACUUUGUGGACGUGUCACAGGGCAGGCCAAGCUUCUGAAAUGAUGUUUCCUUAUUAUGACAUGUUGAUAAAAGUUGUGAUGAUACAACUCUCCUUAGUUCUUAGGGACUCAUAGAACUACUUGGAAUUCCAACUACUACUAUAAUACUUGGAAUACAAGUUAUUUAAACAUAAAAUGUGUAAAAACCAGACAUCUUUUUUUUUACAAAUAUGUGUUUUUUUUCAUGAGGUUCCUGAUACUGGCACUGGUGAGGUCACCAAAUGUGACUCUUCCUUCAAUUAAGGGUUAAAGAUCUCUAAAAUAAUUAAAACCAUGUUUUAACAUGGACCAAGUAACUAAAUAAUAAGAUACUAGUUAUACAGGAAAUAACUUAAUGACCUCACACAACUGUUAAUGAUGAGCUGUCUGGACUGGAAAGAAAUCAGCCCCAACUACUACUUCUUAUUUAGUUUUAAAAUUUGUUUACUAUUUAAGACAUUUGUUAGAUAAUUUAUAUCAAAAGCUAUGCAAAAAUUUGUUGAAACCCUGUGAAACGCAUACAAGCUUCCAUAUUUUUCUAUUAAAAAUAAAUGAAUAAAAGUUAAGAUAGGUUAUACACCGCCCUUUAGUGCAAUAGUCGUCACAUAAAGAGUUUUUUGUGUCACAAAAUCACCCUGUUUCACCUGAUUUCAACAUCUACACCACUGAAGAAAAGUUUUCAGAUCUUUUUAAGUUUUCCACUUGUUCAGCCUGGUUGACCUUUGAAAGACUAUUAAAAGAAACUUAUAAAAGAAAGGUUUGCCGAGCUUGUAGGAUCAUUUACAUGAAGACUUGAGGCUGUCAUUGCUGCCAAAGCUGCUUUGACCAAGUCCUACAUUUUUAUGGUUCUGAAUACUUAUAAAAAAUAGAUUUUUUUUUCUCUCUUAAUCUUUUUAAUACUGUAAAUUAACAAAACACUCCAAACACAUUUUUACUUUGGAAUCAUUGAGGAUUUUGCGUAGAGCGAUGCGAAAAAGAGGGAUUAAAAUUAAGUUUAAGAUGAGUGUAAAACAUAACAAAAUGUGCAAAACUUUAAAAAAGUUUUGAAAACUUUUGUUUGGAGCUGUAUGUAAUGAGGUACUGAAAAGCCACACACCACCACGCUUCUUUGCCGAAGCAGAUUUGACAUCUUGACGUCCAUGAAAGUUCCCCCCGUCACAAGGAAACACCAGAAUGUAGCUAGGCUAGCUGUUUGAGGUUCUCUGCUAAACACUAGCAUACCUGUUUCAGCUCUUAAAAAUAAACAGACCAUAAAAUUUUGAUCUAAACGAGUCAUACAGUAUUUUAACUUAAACACCACUAAA